GGAGCAGCAGCAGCAGCAGCAGGAGGAGAUGGAGUCAGAAGACGAGUUCCUUGACAAACCCCUUCCCGUUCUCCACAUCGUCCUCACCACCCCAGAGGGCGACACCCUCACGGGCGACGAUAUCCCAGAGGGAAAAAGUGCCCAAAAGUCCCAAGCAUCUCGGGAUCUGCGCAAACACUACGUCGCCACCGCAGAGACGUACCUCUGCCCGGGCAACUGGUUGAAGAUCCGCGACAACAACCGCCGUCAGCAAGCAGAAGACGCCGUACUGGCAUAUGAGAAGCGCGAGGAAGCCUUACACCCCAAGGGCAGCGGCAGCUGGCGGAAGCGCCUCACGCGCGUCAACGCACGCAGCCAACGACGCCGGGCGAGACAGCAGAAGCUCGAGGAAGCGGAGCGGCUCUGGCGGGAGCAGAAGGAGGAGAUGGAGGAGAUGGAGGAGUUUGUGGCCUGUCGGAUGGCCAAGGUUGAGGCGCUCGAGAGGAUUGGCGCGGCGGGGGAUUUCCCUGCUUGGCGGGGGAUUUCCUUGCUUGGAGUAGGAAGAUGGAUCGGCAGCAGGAGAAGGGGGUGAAGAAGCUCAAGAUGCCGAGACAGGAGCUUGAGAAGAUAUUUGAGGGGGGUUGCGGGGAGCAGAAUAAGGGUGAAGAAUGAGCAUAAAGUGCCUCUCCCUCCAGGUCUUCUUGGGUGCCGCGGGUGUAUUCUGCUGGGUAAUAGACGGCGAAGAUGGCCAUGACUUACGGCGUUGACAUUACCCUACUUUGAUGAAUUGACUCCCGUUUACCCCUCGUAAUUCUCAACCUACAUCCGUGCGAUUCUUUCUUCUCCUCAGCUGUGCGCAAUGGAUGAAGAUCUCAUACACUUACUUCUCAGAAGCACCUGAGAUGGAUCAGCGCAGUGAUGACUCGC